AUUGACGAUAGGAGGCGGAGAUUGCUAGGCAGCGGCGGCGGGGGGGAGGGCAAGUGGGUGGAUGGUAGUGAGGUGGGGUCGGAGUAUCCACCGUGGUCACUCCCGGAGAAAGACGAGUUCAAAGGGAGGAAUGGAUCUAUGAGGAGGCUGGUGAAGAAACCCAAGAGGGUCGAUUCCUUCGAUGUGGAGGCUAUGCAGAUCCCGGGAAGUUCUCACGCCCACCAUUCCAAUGAUGCUUCUCUCUGGAGCACACUGGCGUUGGCUUUCCAAACGCUGGGCGUGGUGUACGGUGACAUGGGCACAAGCCCUUUAUAUGUCUUUGCUGAUGUUUUCAGCAAGGUGCCUAUUAAGUCAGACGUUGAUGUCUUGGGGGCUUUGUCACUAGUAAUAUACACAAUUGCUCUUCUUCCUUUAGCAAAAUACGUUUUUAUAGUGCUUAAAGCCAAUGACAAUGGGGAAGGUAUGGUUUUCCAGACCAAGCUAAUUUUUCUUUCUUUACAUGCUUGCCAUUUGCGGGCUGAUGAAAAGAUUUCCAGUUUUAGGCUUAAACUACCCACGCCAGAGUUGGAGAGGGCUUUAGGUAUAAAGGACUCCUUGGAAAAGAGUUCCUCCCUGAAAACCCUUCUCUUGCUGUUGGUUCUGAUGGGAACUUCCAUGAUAAUUGGGGAUGGAAUUCUAACCCCAGCUAUGUCAGUCAUGUCUGCUGUGAGCGGUUUGCAGGGUGAAAUACAAGGAUUUGGUACAAAUGCUGUUGUUAUUGUCUCAAUCAUAAUCCUUGUGGGGUUGUUCAGCAUACAAAGGUUUGGGACUAGUAAAGUGGGCUUCACUUUUGCUCCUGCACUCGCUUUGUGGUUCUUUUGCCUGGGAUAUAUUGGAAUUUACAAUCUCUUUAAUUAUGAUAUUACUGUCCUACGGGCAUUCAAUCCAGCUUACAUCUACCUUUUCUUCAAGAAGAACAGCAGAAAGGCAUGGUCAGCUCUAGGUGGUUGUGUUUUAUGCAUUACAGGAGCCGAAGCAAUGUUUGCUGAUCUGGGCCAUUUCUCUGUACCAUCUAUACAGAUUGCCUUCAGUUUUGUGGUGUUCCCUUGCCUUCUUUUGGCUUACUUGGGGCAAGCUGCAUAUCUAAUGAGAUAUCCUAAAUCAGCAGAAAGGAUAUUCUAUGAUUCUGUUCCAGAUGGGCUUUUCUGGCCAGUCUUUGUCAUAGCUACAGUUGCCGCCAUGAUUGCCAGUCAAGCCAUGAUAUCUGCUACAUUUUCAUGCAUUAAACAGUCAAUGGCCCUUGGGUGCUUCCCAAGGCUGAAGAUUGUUCACACCUCGAGGAGACUAAUGGGUCAGAUUUACAUUCCUUUCAUCAAUUGGUUUCUGAUGAUUAUGUGCAUACUAGUAGUUGCCACAUUCAGGAGUACCUCAGACAUAGCCAAUGCAUAUGGCAUAGCUGAAGUUAUUGUCAUGAUGGUGAGCACUACCUUGGUGACACUUGUAAUGCUCCUAAUCUGGCAGACCAAUUUGUUUUUGGCUCUGUGUUUCCCACUUGUGUUUGGUACAAUAGAGUUCAUAUACUUGUCUGCAGUUCUAACUAAAAUCAAAGAGGGUGGUUGGCUUCCACUUGCUUUUGCUACUUGCUUCCUCUGUGUCAUGUAUACUUGGAACUACGGGAGUGUGUUGAAGUAUCAGAGUGAGGUCAGCGAGAAGAUUUCCAUGGAAUUCAUGCUUGAACUUGGCUCCACCCUUGGGACUGUAAGAGUGCCAGGAAUUGGCUUAUUAUACAAUGAGUUGGUCCAAGGCAUUCCCUCCAUUUUUGGGCAGUUCCUGCUGACCCUCCCAGCAAUCCAUUCUACCAUAGUGUUUGUUUGCAUUAAGUAUGUUCCAGUGCCAGUUGUUCCUCAAGAUGAAAGAUUUCUCUUUCGAAGGGUUUGCCCAAAAGACUACCACAUCUUCCGAUGUGUUGCUCGAUAUGGUUACAAAGAUGUGCGGAAGGAGGAUCAACAUACAUUUGAGCAGCUUUUGGUUGAAAGCCUCAAGAAAUUUUUGAGAAGGGAGGCUCAAGAUCUUGCCUUCGAGAGUAGUCUAAACAAGUCAAAGCUUGAUGGUGUUUCAAUGAGAUCAAGGGAUCCUGCUGCCCCAGGUGACGAUGGGAAUUCAGAGCUCAGGAUUCCGUUGCUGCAUGAUGAGAAAUUGGAAGAAGCAAGAGCCUCCAUAUCAGAUGCAGUCACAGGGUUGCCAUCUAGUGGCAUGUCAUUGGAUGAAGAUCCCAGCCUCAAAUACGAGCUUUCAGAUCUCCAGGAAGCCAUGGAUUCAGGGUUUACUUAUUUGCUAGCUUACGGGGAUGUGACGGCUAAGAAAAACUCUUGGUUCUUCAAGAAACUGGCUAUAAAUUACUUCUAUGCAUUCCUGAGGAGGAAUUGCAGGGCAGGUGCUGCAAAUGUGAGCGUUCCUCAUAUGAAUAUCAUGAGAGUUGCUAUGACCUACAUGGUUUGAUUUAUUUGCCAUGUGCUAGAAUCUGGUAAUUCAUUCUAUUGGCCGAUUGUGAUUCUUGUAGUAGUGAAACCUUAAUGGGAUGUUGUUUAAUAGAAAAAUUAAGAAUGUUAGAAUAGAUCAUUUAAGAUGGUUGUAACCAAUACCCUGAAAUUCCUCAACUUCAAGCUCACUCUAUUAAACCUGUUCUCACCUCAUCCUGUGCUGGUGCCAUGUUUUACAGUAGAUCAUAUGCCGUGUUAUUGUUCAGUUUACAUUCAUUCAGAAUUAUGAUAAGGGAUUUCUUUCUCUC